UAUGCGAUUUGGACUUUCUAGGCCGAAAUACCAGUAAAUGAGGCAUGCAAUAAAUGAAACUAUUAUCUCAUUCCGUAUCUCUCUCUCUAUAAAGGGCAGUUCAAGCCGCCUAGCUAUCUAUCCAUCCAUCAUCCUCACAUUAUAACAGAAAAAAAAAAAGCAAAGGAGAGAGGAAGUGCGGAACCGUGGUCAGGCAGUAACAGCACAAUGGCAAAUUCUGAAUAUGGCAGAGAAAGCAAAAAGGAGCAGGUGAUAGCGAUUGUUGGAGCUGGAAUAAGCGGCCUAUUGGCCUGCAAAUACUGCCUUUCUAAAGGAUUUGAUCCCAUUGUGUUCGAGUCAGAGAGUAGCAUUGGUGGCGUGUGGACUAAGACUAUUGGGAGUACUACGCUGCAGACACCAAAACCCCUUUACCAAUUCUCCGACUAUCCAUGGCCCGAUACAGUAACCGAAUUGUUCCCCGACCAGCAAACGGUGUUGGAGUACAUUGAAUCGUACGCAAAUCACUUUGAUUUGGUCCGACACAUUCAGUUUAACAACAAAGUAUUGAGCCUCAGCUAUCAAGAUAAUGGUGAGUACUCAUCAAUUAGUGGAGAACGUAAUUUGUGGGGAGAGGCAUUUAGCAGCAAAGGAAAAUGGAACGUCACUGUAGAGGACACUCGAUCCCUAUCCACUCAGGUAUACAAAGUUGAUUUUGUAAUAGUUUGCUUGGGAAGGUUCAGCCAGGUUCCAAACAUCCCUGAAUUCCCUCCAAACAAAGGACCCCAAGCUUUUGAAGGCGAAGUAAUCCAUUCAAUGGAUUAUUCCAAAAUGGACUCCGCAGCUGCAGCAAACUUUGUCAAAGGAAAACAUGUAGCCAUAGUUGGAUUCCAAAAAUCAGGAAUGGACAUUGCCAUGGAGUGCUCCACAGUCAACGGGGUUGAACGUCCGUGCUCAGUUGUAAUCAGGACACCACAUUGGAACGUUCCUGAUUAUUUCCCGUGGGGAUUCCCUAUGGCUAAACUGUAUUUAAAUCGAUUCUCAGAACUUACGGUGCAUAAACCCGGUGAAGGCCUUCUUUUAUAUCUAAUGGCUACAAUUUUCUCACCUCUGGUAAUUGUUCAUAUGAUACUGACUAAAGUUAAAAUGACUACUCCAAUUAAUAUGGAUGUUGUGGUACAUGCAUGUAGUAUUAUAUUGAUCUAUUUUGCUCAAUAGGGGAGCUUUGUUCGAGCAAACAACUUUGCAAAAA